AUGGAUGAUACUCUAUGUCAAAACUUUGAUGUUUUGAGGAUGCAUUUACCGGUUAAAUUAGGCGGAACCGCAAAAUUUGAACUAAAAAAUAUUAGUGAUUUCCAAAAUUAUUGCCCUAAUGAUAACUGCGAUACUGAACUUGAAAAAAUUACGAUUGGAUUUUUAUGGUUACUUGGACAAUAUUUUACUAAAUACCCAAACAAAGAUUGUAAUGUAAAUGAUAUUAAACCGUUUUUUCUAUAUAUUAUUUUAUGGUUAAGUCACAAAUUAAAUCAAAUCACAGACCAAAAUUUCACCAAAAUAAACGAUUUUUAUACUAAUCAUGUAAUCAAUAAUGAUAAAUAUAGUAAUUUUAUAAAUGAUUCCAAUAGAUAUACAAAUCUUAAUGAAUUCAUAAAUGGACAAAAAGAUUUUUUUAAUAUUAAUAUUAAAGAUAUGUCUAAAUUUUAUGAUGCAUCCAAAUUAAUAUGUAGUAUGCAUGAUAAAGUUGCAAGGAAUAAACAUGAAAACCUGUCAAAUGAUGCGAAUGGUUUUGUUAACAAAUAUGCAGCCCUUAACAAUGACUGUAAUAUUAAUGGUACCGUACGUAGUAAAAUAUUUAAUGUUUUAUCAACUGAUUAUAAUAAUUUAAAAACUAAAUGUAGAAAUAUUUCAUCUCUUCCAAAUAUAAAAACAACACAAAAUGCUACAAAAAGUCCUGAACAAGCUUCUGCAAGUAUUUCUGUAACUAAUUCUGAACAAAAUUCUGCACACAAAUCUAGAGUUACAUCAAGUUCGCCGAUAGGGAACAAAUUAUUUACAGUUUUAUCGGUAUUUGGUGCAAUAGCAUUUUUUUUAGGAAUUUCGUAUAAGUAUUCGUUAUUUGGAUUUCGGAAACGAGCUCAAAAACAAUAUUUAAGAGAAAAAAUAAAAAAUAUAAAGAAGAGAAUGAAUCAUUAA